AUGCAAAAUUAUCAAUGCCCCGGGAAAUUGUCCGAGAGACAUCGUGAAUCUUCGACAAGACUAAUAGAAGUUGUCUUUUUGUCAGAGCAAGAUACCAAGUGUGCAUACGUGACUAGGUUGUGUACUUAUUUGUUUGACAAGCUCGGAAUGAUUUUCGGCAGAACGCAUAAUCAGAUAAGUGUGGUCGUCAUAUAA